UUCAAAGUUGUCUCAGUGCGAAUAGCGGAGAGGCGAGUUCAAUCCGGUGGGGAAGAGGCACUCGUUUGUAGUUCAAAUAAAAUGAGUUCGAGUUCGACGGAUUGUGAUUGUGCCGGCGCCGGUUUAGCGAUACCGAUACACCAGUGCGCCGUGUGCGGCGGCAAAGACAAUCUACAGAGGUGCACCCGCUGCAGGACCACCUAUUACUGCUGCAAAGACCACCAACUACAAGACUGGAAGAAGCACAAGGGGCUCUGCAAGAAGCUCGACAAGCCGCUAGUAGAAAACAAGUACGGACACUUCCUCGACGAUCAAAUACCCAGCGUAGCUCUGCCCACCGAAGGCAGUUCGGAGAACGAAAUCCUCAGCUCCCUGGGCGAACAACUAGCCCCGAACAACAACUACAAAGGCCUCCAGACGUCCCCGACGGAGAAGACGGCGAACGCGGCGCCCGCCAUGCCGGUAUCUGGGGAGAAUGUGCCCAAACGAAGGCUCAAAGACUUGCCUGAGAUAUCCCUCAGCCCCCCGAAUCUAGACGACGACGAGUACAUCAAAGACAUGAGCGAGAUCGUCAUAAAGGACAUGAGAAACUACGGUCUGUGCGUUUUAGAUAACUUCCUGGGCAGCGAACGGGGCAGGAACGUCCUCUCCGAGGUGUUGCUAAUGGAGCGAGAAGGGGUCUUCAGAGACGGGCAAUUGGUGUCCUCUAAAGGGGACGAAGACAGCAAGACUAUACGAAGCGACCAGAUUUGCUGGGUGCACGGUAAAGAGCCCAAUUGCCCCAACAUCGGGUAUCUCGUGAGUAAGGUCGAUGCUGUUAUUACGAGGGCCAAUCGGAGGGAUAAAAUCGGGCAAUUGGGGCAGUACAAUAUCAACGGAAGGACUAAGGCUAUGGUGGCUUGUUAUCCAGGCUUGGGAGCCCACUACGUGAAACACGUGGACAAUCCGAAUAGGGACGGUAGAUGUAUAACGGCCAUUUACUAUCUGAAUUUAAACUGGGACGUACAACGAAGCGGCGGUCUCUUGCGGAUAUUCCCGGAAGGAUGGAGAGAGGAUAAGGUGGCUGACAUCGAGCCCAUUUUCGAUAGACUGCUGUUCUUCUGGUCGGAUCGAAGGAAUCCCCACGAAGUCCAACCCGCCUUCAAUACGCGCUACGCCAUUACGCUGUGGUAUUUCGAUGCAGUGGAAAGAGAAGAGGCGCUCAGGAGAUACGAAAGAGAACGAAGAGCGACGAUUCAACCAAAAUGACGAGUUACCUACUGUUAUUUCGAAGCGAAUUUAUAUGAUAGUCGUUGUUUUUUUUUUAAGAAAUACGUCCUUUGUAAAUAAUCGUAAAUUUUAUAUUUUAUUUUAGUAACUCUACGGACGAAAGUGUGAUAUUUGAUUAAUGUAAUAUGUACUUGCGGAUAGCGUACGAUCCGAUCGCGUUCGGCAAGUAUUAAAUUAUUGUUGUGUGUAAGUUAUGCGAAUAUAUAACGAAGAGACUAUUUUGACUAUUCCCGUAUCGUAGAUAUGGAGUAAAUAUAUUUUUUUUAAUUGUUACGUAAUUGACAGAAAAUUCGUUUGUUCGUUCAUAUUGGAAAUUAAUAAAUUCCCUUAACUACCA